GCAUGUUUAACGUGUUGUGUUUCGAGGGCGUUUUCUUCGGGCUUGAGAACGAACGAUGCCCAGCGUGGGAUGGAACUACGUUGGCGCGGUGAGCCUGGUGGUGGCCGCGGGCGUCUUCCGCAAACAGGUGAUCCAAAUCAUCUUGAAGCUUCUCGUGCGCGCGUUGUCGGCGCACCGCUUCAAGUCAGCGAACGCUGUUAUCCAUGAGUUUGAGAAACGGGUCGUGCAUCCGCUGUCGUGGGUCCUCUUUGUCGUGUCGAUCCUUGUCGCGAUGAAGAUCGUGUCGAUGGAUGUCGAAACUCUCACGACCGUCGUCUUCAUGGUCUUGGGCGUCGUCGUCCUGUGGACCGUGUUUCAGUUCUGUGCAUUUGUCAACGUGGUAAUUGUUCGAUCCCAAGGAUGGGAGCGUUCCACGAGCAAAGACGACUCGAGCAAGGCGAUGAUCGUGUCCGAGGGCAUCGGGUUGCUCAAGUACAUUCUCGGCGCCGCGAUCUUGCACUACUUCUUCUUCAACCAGUUGAAUUUUAACACGACGGAAGUGUUUACGACGAUGGUGCUGGUCGGGGAAGUCCUCUUCGUGCUUAGCUCCCACACCUGGUUUCGAAACGUAAUGGGCGGCCUCGUCCUCCUCAUCGACGAGCCCAUCAAGAGCGGCAACCACGUUCUCGUCCUUGGCCACUCGGGUGUCGUCGAGCACAUGUACCUGCAGUACUUUACCCUUCGCCAGUACGACAAAGGCCUGGCGUUCAUUCCGAACGGCGUCGUAUUCGACCACGUCAUUCAAGUCCAUGCCAAGUCUCAAGGCACGUGCUUCGAUCUCACGAUUCCCCUCGCGCGGUCGACGUCGGCCGCCGCCACCCGCGCAUUUGUACGAGACGUCGACAGUUUUCUCGCAUCGUAUGCACAGGCCAUGGCUGCCAAGCCAGUCCCUCCGUCCACCACAACAUCACGUACCACACCAUCAGCGAAGGCAGCGGCAGUGGAACCGUCCUCCGGCACAAUUGCACCCCCCCCCAAGUCCCAGUUUCACCUGGCCGUCCAGGCGUUUGCCCGGACGUCGCUGUUCACAAAAGCUGCGGUUGCCGCGGCCAGCGACACCCACCUCCACGCCCCGGCAAAGUUCUGGGUCGCCCUCGUCGACGUCUACACCGUGCAACUCGUGUACUUUUUCCCACCCAACCUCAAAUUUCGCCACAUCGUGGACGAAAAGCGACAGUUGGUGUUGGCCGUGACCAAACUGAUGCAAUCGAACGAGUUGACCGUUGCGACCGACGACAUGGCGGGCGAUGCCGACGCGAGUCCAGUACGAGUGAAUGCCACCACACUGGAAGCAUGCCGACGUGAAGCUCCAUGUACGACCGAAUCGACGGAGCCACAACACGAUGCCCAAGGUAUUCGUCGUUCGCAUCAACGUCACGACGACGUCGACUCGCCCGCAAACAUGCCGUCGUUGCGGCAACAACGACCGCCGUCGUCUUCGAUCGAGUUUUCGUCGUCCACGGCAGCAACGGCAGCGUCCAUUCUCCGCCGCCGAAGUACCAAGCCGGCGAGUAGGACACCCCCCAAGUCCAGCGACAACUUGGACCGACGUGCCUCGAUCCGUCCUCCCACGACCUCGUCAAGGCAAACAUGACGGGAGAUGGGCUAUCAUCUCGGGGUUGGACAAGCGUUCGCGCGCUGCUGCUUCUCGUCACGUUGUGGCUGGAUGAAUGCGAUAUGUACAUGGCGACUCGGGUCAUGGAUGCUAAAUUUGCAACGAAUUCGGAGGAUGCAGUGCCUCGGCAGCACCCACGUGCCCAUCGACCUGCCAAUUUUACCGCGCGCUGCGCGAUCUAGACGGAAUGAGAUGACAACAAGGCCAGCCUGACGACCUUCGACACUGUCGAGGCCAUGGUCCAACUCGAAUGGCUAGGCGCUUUGCCGUUUGGCACCAUCGUGACGGAGGGCUCGUGGUGGCCUGUGGUGUGUGGAAUCUCUUAGAGCACGAGAGGAUCCACUUGGACAUGCGACGAACGGUGCACGACAGCUACAGGAAGCCGACGACUCGCGCAGCACCUGCACAGCAGUCGGAUACACGACCCCAUUUCGUCGAGUCGUUUCAGCGUCGUGGCUUGGGCUGCACGAUGUGGAUGAUUCAAAUGGGACUAUUUCUUACUCCACUUCUUCUUUCGCGCUUGG